UCACCCAUGACCUCUGAUGGCGACGGCGAAGUUGCCGUUCGGCGCCCCGUGCCUUCAAACGCGCGCAGAUAUACUCUGCUUUUGAUCUUCUGCAUUACACAGUUUUUAUAUACGCUCACCAACUCGGCAUUAUUUUCCGCUAUCCCUUCCCUUGUCCGGAAGUUUGGCCUCACCCAAAGCCAAUCAGUUUGGAUCAUCAGUGCAUACCAGUUGACUUUUGCAUCCUUUCUCCUUAUGAGCGGAAAAAUCAGCGACAUCUAUAACCCUAAAUACACCUUCAUAACCGGUAAAUUCAUCUUAGGGGUAAUCUGUAUCGGCAUCGGUUUCGUCUCCGACGGUAUCUUAUUCCUUGCACUGAGAGCCCUAAGUGGAAUCGCCGCAUCGCUCACCAUACCAUCGGCUCUAGCUCUGCUCGUCGGACUUUUUCCUGAGCCUAGGCAUCAAGCAGUGGCUAUUGCAGCGUUUGGAGCUUGGGGGGCGAUUGGCAUCGUGUUGGGUUUAAUUUCUGGUGCCUUUUUCGUCGAAUAUGUCAGCUGGAGCUGGGUAUUCUGGUUUGUGUCGGCGGUGAUCAUACCGACCACAUUCAUUUCUGCGGUACUUAUACCUUCACAAACAAAAAAUAAGGUUCCAAAGAGCGGUUUCACCAAAUUCAGGAGUCUUGAUGUUAUUGGAAUAUCAAUUCUUACGGUUGCUGUCAUACUCUUUAUAUUUGCCGUGACGACAGGGUCUAUGAUAGGCUGGAGAUCAGUUACCACACUAGCACCUCUGAUCUUCUCCAUCGCCACGACUGUUGCAUUCUUUUACUGGGAGGCCUUCCAGCCGAUUGAAUGCGCAGCCGUACCGCCUUCGACAUGGUUUAUUCCGAAUUUCUCUGUUCUGUUCGGAACGGCUCUCCUACCAUAUUUUUGGUGGGCAAAUAUAUUCACCACCUACGUGUCCCUGUGGCAAGAUAUUUAUCGAUGGAGCGCCAUGUCCUCUGCUGUCCACAUGCUUCCAAUAGGCAUCAUCGCCUUUGUCUUCAGUUUUGCCAGUAGGGUGAAGGGGCUCAGCACCAUGAAUGCCAAGUGGCUGAUACUUGGCGGAGUCCUGAUGAUGAUGACGGCACUGGUGUUGUUUGCAUUUGCAGACAAACCUGAAAAGUACUGGCCAUUGGUAUUCCCAGGCUUCGUCAUCGGUUCUGCCGGUGCAAUGCUAACCAACAUCUCCGCAAAGUACGUCUCAACCUUAUUCUCACACAGCAUCGCGAUAUUCCGAGCCACGCCGCCCUCUAUGGCAGGCACCGUAGGCGCCAUGUUCAACUGCGGUCUGCAACUCGGCUCUGCCGUCGGAUUGGCUGCCGUGUGUACCAUCCAGACGAGCGUGCAAACUGGGAAUGGGGGCCCUUCGAAUUAUGAUGGCCAGUCUGCUGGGUUUUGGUUCAUGCUCUCUUGCAUCUCUGUUGCUGCGCUGGCUGUCUUGGUCUUCUACCACACCGACACGGCUCGGGGUCGUGUCGAGGAAACAAGUGUCCAUGCUGGAAGCGAAGAGAAUAUUGCGAAAGGGGAUGCGAGGGAGAAGUGAAGGUGGAUGUAACGAAGACACCGCGAAUUGAAUUGUGUGCUUCCCGUUCUAGAGGCAACAGGAGGGCACAAAGUCUUGAGGACGAAUUAUGUUCUUCGGGUUGUGCGCGUUGAUGCGGAAUGUUGACAAGGCUUGAAGGAAUUGAGACUCGCAGUGCUCUAUUUACCUAUUAUCUCGGUAUUUUCGUUAAUGUGGCUGGCAGUAGUGGUAGCCUGAGUCAGAGUAAUUUAUGCGGACGAGGAGAUGGACGAUGCUACGCUACGAACAUGCGGAGUCCUGCCA